AUGUCAUUCAUAAAUAUAUGUAGGGAUAAUACAGAUCCAUUUUAUCGUUAUAAAAUGCCGCCUAUUCAAUCAAAAACCGAAGGUAGAGGUAAUGGUAUUAAAACAGCCAUAAUGAAUUUAGCUGAAGUUGCAAGAGCAUUAAAUAGACCACCAUCUUAUUUAGUCAAAUUUUUUGGUUAUGAAUUAGGUGCUCAAACUCAAUUGGAAAGAUUUUUAGUUAAUGGUGUCCAUGAUUCAAAUGAAUUACAAGAUUCAUUAGAUGGUUUUAUUAAUAAAUUUGUUUUAUGUGGAUCAUGUAAAAAUCCAGAAACUGAGAUUGUUUUAAAAGGUAAAGAUACUUUGGAAAGAGAUUGUAAAGCUUGUGGUAAAGUUACAAUGAUUGAUCCAAAACAUAAAUUAUAUUCAUAUAUAGUUAAAAAUCCUCCUGAUUCAAAAAAGGGUAAAAAAUCAGCAACUGCUCAAGCUAAUGUUGUUGGUGGUGGUAAAACUAUUUCAGAAUUAGCUCAAGAAAAUCAAGGUUUAAAUAAUGAGAAUAAUAAUGGUGAUGAUUUUGAUGAUGACGAUGCAUUAUCAAAAAAAAUUAAUGCUGAAGCUGCUCAAUUACAACAAGUUGAAGUUAAAGAUGAUGAUUGGGCUGUUGAUAUGUCACAAGAAGCUAUUGCUAAAAGAGCUAGAGAGUUGGAAGGUUUAUCAAUUAAUGAUAAUAAAUUUAAUGAAUUUGGUGAAUGGUUAUUAAAUGAAUCAAAAGAUUCAAAAGAUGAUUUACCUUCAGACGUUGAAAUUUAUAAAAAAAUUGUUGAAUUAGAAAUUAGUGAAUAUCCAGAAACAUUACAAGUAUUGGGACAAGUUUUAUUUGAUGAAGAUAUAAUAAAUCAAAUUGAACCACACGUUGGUUUAUUGGCAAAAUUGAUUAACAAUGAUGAAGAGUUUGAACAAGCUUUAUUGGGUGGUUUAGAAAGAUUCUUUGGUUUAGAACAACCUGAGUUAAUUCCACAAAUUCCAAAAAUUUUACAUUCAUUUUAUGAUAAAGAUUUAAUUAGUGAAGAAGUUUUAAUUAAAUGGGGUUCUAAAGUUUCCAAAAAAUAUGUUCCAAAGGAUAUAUCCAAAAAAGUAAGAAAAGCUGCAAAACCAUUUAUUAAAUGGUUGCAAGAAGCUGAAGAAGAGGAAAGUGAUGAUGAAUAG